UGAAAUGUUUCCUUAUUAAACAUCUGAUGAGUUCUGAAUUAUUCCUAAACCAACUUCUCAGAAUUACAGAUCUCAGAGAACGGGGGAAAUAAACAAGAAAAUGGCAUUCGAGAUAUCAAUAUAUGAUUCUCAGAGAUCACUGAUUGAUUCAAGUUGGAUGCAGACCAGUAAUGAGCUCCACCGGAUGCUUGCAUCAUCCCAACCAGAGUAACAAUGCAUAAAAACCCUAUCUUCGUUUUGCAUAUUGAAAGAUUCUCCAUCACAGAAAACUUGAGAAAAUUCAAGCACCAAUCUUGUUACCAGCAUUCCUUAGUGGGGUUUCAGAUGUCAAGCAAUAGCACUUUCCUAACUUUAAUACACAAACUUUUCAGACCCAAUCCUUUGCUUUCUGUGUUCCUCACAUCACAUGCUUCACCUCUUCAAAUUAAUCACUACAAAACACCAACAUGUGUGCAGGCAACCAAUCAGAAGACUGUCUCCACAAAACUGUCACGUGAUUUCCUGUGCUUAUUACACGACAAGAGGCGCUCGGUAGCCAUGGUCCCCUGUUCGACGGCCUCAAAUUUAAAUGUGAUCUCUUAGACUUGCAAAAGCCAGCUUCUUCGAACUUUCUGUAUUAGUCCCACUGAGUCCAUAUAUAAUUGGUCUGAGAGUUUGCAGGUUGCUUGGCCAGCAUAAAAGUUGAUCACCUACGUAGCACAGACUGAAGAGGGAAGCAUGGUUUUGCAAGAGAUGUUCAGUUCAUAUAAUGCAACAAAGUACAAGUUUCUCCAACUCCAGAUGGCAUGGCUGCCUCCAAAAUCACCCUGCUGGUGUGAGCACGUAAGCAUGGUUACACAACUUUGCUUCCUUGGGAUCAUACUACUCCAGUCUGUGCAAAAAAUUCUGAGUCAUUUAUGCAAGCGCAGAAGGAAAGACACAGAUCAACAUACAAAGAAUUACCCUGUUGACAUCAAAGUUGGCAUCUCUUACAAAGCCAGCUUAGUCUGCUCCUCUUUACUACUAACAGUUCAUUGUUUCAAGCUACUGAUGCUGUUAAAUAGUAGUAAUGAGACCUACUGCAACUCUACAAUUAAAGUUUUCUCAUCAGAGAUUAUGCAAGUAGUGUCAUGGGCAGUCACAUUGAUUGUGGUAUGCAAGGCUCCCAAGGAAAAGCAUGUCAAGUUUCCUUGGAUUCUCAGGGCAUGGUGGAUUUGCAGCUUCUUCUUGUCUGCUACAUGCACGGCUCUCAAUAUCUAUUUAAGAACUGCCGAAAAUGGCCAUCUUGAAUUACAAGAUUAUGCAAACUUCACAGGUCUCCUUGCAUCGACAUGCUUACUGGCUAUGUCUAUCCGAGGGAAAACAGGCAUAGUCUUUGUGGUCUCCAAUGACAUUGCUGAGCCACUUCUCAAUGGGAAAAAUGAUAAACAUGUUCAAUACCAAAGGGAAUCUCCGUAUGCAAAAGCAUCGCUUCUUCAACUAGUUACCUUCUCCUGGCUCAACCCAUUAUUUGCUGUAGGGUUCAAGAAACCCCUUGAACAGGAGGAAAUUCCAGAUCUCUACAUCAAGGAUUCAGCUGGAUAUCUCUCCCAUGCCUUUGGCAAGGACCUAAAACACAUUAAAGAAAAAGAUGGAACAACACAUCCAUCUAUCUACAAAGCAAUAUAUUUGUUUAUCAGGAAGAAAGCAGCAAUUAAUGCCCUUUUUGCAGUGAUAAAUGCUGGAGCAUCAUAUGUUGGCCCAUACCUUAUCGACGACUUCGUAAAUUUUCUUACUGAGAAGAAAACCCGGAGCUUGGAGAGUGGAUACCUUCUUGCUAUAGCCUUUCUAGGUGCCAAGAUGGUUGAGACAGUGUCACAAAGACAAUGGAUCUUUGGAGCUCGCCUAUUAGGCCUUCGCCUCAGAGCUGCUUUGACAUCCCAGAUAUACAAGAAGGGCCUAGUUUUGUCCAGCCAAUCUCGCCAAAGCCACACCAGUGGGGAAAUCAUCAACUACAUGAGUGUAGAUAUUCAAAGAAUUACAGACUUCAUCUGGUACUUAAAUGUUAUUUGGAUGUUGCCUAUACAAAUUUCUUUAGCAAUCUUCAUUUUACAUACGAACCUAGGUCUGGGAUCAGUGGCUGCAUUAACAGCAACCUUAGCAGUAAUGGCAUGCAACAUACCCAUCACAAGAAUCCAGAAAAGAUACCAAUCUCAGAUCAUGGAUGCCAAAGAUAACAGGAUGAAAGCUACAUCAGAAAUUCUUCGAAACAUGAAGACUAUAAAACUUCAAGCGUGGGACAGCCACUUCCUUGACAAACUAGAAAGCUUGAGGAAGAUAGAGUAUAAGUGGCUCUGGAAAUCACUAAGAUUGUCAGCAGCUUCAGCUUUCAUCUUCUGGGGAUCACCCACUUUUAUCUCUUUAGUGACUUUCAGUGCAUGCAUGCUACUGGGAAUUCAACUCACAGCAGGGAAAGUCUUGUCUGCACUGGCCACCUUUCGAAUGUUACAAGACCCUAUAUUCAAUUUACCUGAUUUACUUUCAGUAAUAGCACAGGCGAGAGUUUCAGCAGAUAGAGUUGCUUCAUACCUUCAGGAAGAGGAAAUACAGCAGAAUGCCAUUGAGUUUGUUCCUAAAGAUCAAACAGAAUUUGAUGUUGACAUUGAGAAUGGGAAGUUCAGUUGGGAUGGUGAGUCAAGUGCACCAACCCUUGAUGGGUUACAGUUGAAAGUAAAGAGGGGGAUGAAGGUGGCAAUAUGUGGGACUGUAGGGUCAGGCAAGUCUAGCCUGCUUUCAUGCAUUCUUGGAGAAAUACAGAAGCUGUCAGGUUCAGUAAAGAUUAGUGGGACGAAGGCUUAUGUACCUCAGUCUCCAUGGAUACUCACAGGGAACAUCAGGGAAAACAUUUUAUUCGGGAACCCCCAUGACAGUUGCAAAUACGACAGGACAGUUAAAGCAUGUGCCCUGAUAAAGGAUUUUGAGUUAUUUUCCUGUGGUGACUUAACAGAGAUCGGAGAAAGAGGGAUAAAUAUGAGUGGAGGACAGAAGCAGAGGAUACAAAUUGCCCGUGCAGUUUACCAGGAUGCAGAUAUCUAUCUACUUGAUGACCCUUUCAGUGCAGUGGAUGCUCAUACGGGCAGACAACUCUUUGAGGACUGCUUGAUGGGUAUUCUCAAAGACAAGACUAUACUUUAUGUUACACACCAAGUCGAGUUUCUCCCAGCAGCAGACCUCAUUCUGCCUAGUGCCCACAAGAUGUGCAGUAAAAAAUCUUGUGCUUACUUGUAUGGUAGUGAAACAAAUAAAUCCAGGAAGCAUUGCAUAAUAGAAAGAAGAGAAAUGUACCUGGAUUACUUCAAACCUUUGGUGAUGCAAAAUGGAAGAAUUGCACAAGCUGGCACAUUCCAAGAACUUCUAAGACAGAAUACAGGAUUUGAAGUUUUAGUCGGUGCCCAUAGUGAAGCUCUACAGGCAAUUCUGAAAGUAGAAAAUUCCAGCAGAACAUCUCAAGAUCCAACACCUGAUAGUGAAUUUAACACAGAUCCUGCUUCAAAUGCGGACCUGAUACUCACACAACAUGAUUCAGAGCAUAACCUCUCUCUAGAGAUAUCAGAAAAUGCAGGAAAACUGGUGCAAGAUGAAGAGAGAGAGAAAGGAAGCAUUGGAAAAGAAGUUUACUGGUCCUAUAUAACAGCUGUGAAAGGUGGAGUUCUAGUUCCAUUAAUCCUCUUUGCACAGUCAUCCUUCCAAGUAUUGCAGAUAGCUAGUAAUUACUGGAUGGCAUGGGCUUCUCCUCCUACAAGUGACACUGAGCCAGCAGUGGGGAUGAAUUUCAUGUUACUUGUUUACAUGAUACUAGCCAUAGGUAGUUCCCUCUGUGUGUUGGCACGAGCAAUGUUAGUAGCUACAGCAGGACUUUGGACAGCACAAAAACUCUUCAUAAACAUGCUGCACAGUGUACUCCGUGCUCCAAUGGCGUUCUUUGAUUCAACGCCAACUGGAAGAAUCUUAAAUCGGGCAUCUACAGAUCAAAGUGUGAUAGACCUGGAAAUGGCAACCAAAUUAGGUUGGUGUGCUUUCUCUGUGAUACAAAUUCUGGGGACAAUCGCAGUGAUGUCACAGGUAGCAUGGGAAGUGUUUGUCAUCUUCAUUCCAGUAACUGCCAUAUGCAUAUGGUACCAACAAUAUUACGUACCAACAGCAAGAGAGCUGGCACGAUUAUCAGGGAUACAAAGAGCUCCAAUCCUCCACCACUUUGCAGAAUCACUAACAGGGGCAGCAACAAUACGUGCAUUUGAUCAAGAAGACCGUUUCAUUGAUGCAAACCUUGAUCUCGUCGACAGCCACUCAAGGCCAUGGUUCCAUAAUUUCACAGCAAUGGAAUGGCUCUCUUUCAGAUUAAAUCUUCUGUCCAAUUUUGUCUUUGCUUCAUCACUUGUCGUGCUUGUCACCCUUCCUGAAGGAAUUAUCAAUCCAAGCAUUGCAGGGCUUGCAGUCACUUAUGGAAUAAAUUUGAAUGUUUUGCAAGCUUCAGUCAUAUGGAACAUAUGUAAUGCAGAAAACAAGAUGAUCUCAGUCGAAAGAAUUCUCCAGUACUCAAGCUUAGCAAGUGAAGCAGCCCUUAUGAUUGAAGACUGCAGACCACCUAACAACUGGCCCGAAGUUGGAACAAUUUACUUUAGAAACUUAAAGAUUCGAUAUGCUGAUCAUCUCCCAUCUGUCUUGAAAAAUAUUACCUGCACAUUUCCGGGAAGGAAGAAAAUUGGUGUCGUGGGAAGAACAGGGAGUGGGAAAUCAACUCUUAUACAAGCCAUUUUCAGGAUUGUUGAGCCCUCUGAAGGGAGCAUUAUAAUUGAUGAUGUGGACAUUACAAAGAUAGGUCUCCACGACUUAAGAGCAAGGCUUAGCAUCAUCCCCCAGGACCCAACAAUGUUUGAGGGAACAGUUCGAGGGAACCUUGAUCCUUUAGUUCAAUAUUCGGACAGAGAAAUAUGGGAGGCUUUGGAUAAAUGUCAACUUGGUGAUCUGAUACGUGCAAAGGAAGAGAAGUUGGAUGCCACAGUGGUUGAAAAUGGAGAAAACUGGAGCGUGGGGCAAAGGCAAUUAUUCUGUCUUGGGAGGGCGUUACUAAAGAAAAGCGGCAUUCUCGUACUGGAUGAAGCAACAGCUUCAGUUGAUUCUGCAACUGAUGGAGUGAUACAAAAGAUCAUCAGCCAAGAGUUUAAAGAUCGAACGGUUGUGACAAUAGCACAUAGAAUCCCCACAGUCAUAGACAGUGAUCUUGUUUUGGUCCUAAGUGAUGGGAGAGUUGCAGAGUUUGACAGACCAGCAAAGCUACUAGAAAGGGAGGAUUCUUUCUUCUCCAGACUCAUAAAGGAGUACUCCAUGCGAUCAAAGAGCUUCAACAGCUUAGCAAAUAUACAGAAUUAAGUUCAUUUCAGUAAAUCUUAUUGAAACUGGGUGGGAGUAGAGGAAGCAAUAGAGGCAAGGAACCGGGACGCAUGAAAAAAAGGCAUACAAUCCUAUCAAAGCAAAGGAGACAAAAACAACUCUACCCAUUUGAAGUUUAGUAGGAAGUGAGCCAAAGCUAUUGCAGUCUGUUUUAUAUAAUAUAAACAGAAGAAGAAUAAGAAAGCGUUAGAAUAAAGAGUAUCCCAGAAUAUUGGGAUAUAACAAAAACGAAAUGAGAUUUGCCUACUGUAUAUAUAUGUAAGAGCAAGCAAAAAUCUUAAUUCCAAUUCUAUCAUUCUACCAACACCAAGCUAGAUUCUAAGUCGAGAAAGGAAAGAACCUGAUUCCGACAAUUCUUUUUGGCCGGCGACAGGAAUCCGAUGACCGGCUUUGCGGCUCCGUCGUAUACUAGCGUCGUCCUCCUCUCGACCCCUGGCAAGUUAAUAGAUUAGAUGGUAGAAU